AUGGAGCCCGAAUCCCAGCUGCAAAACGUCCCCAAUUUCAGGGACGUCGGCAAAACUAUCAACCAAUUUUUGAAGAAGAGAACCAUCCGAGAGGGCCUCUUCUUUCGAUCUGGAAGACUAGACGAUGCCACGACUGCAGACAAGGAGCUCAUCCACGACCAGCUAGGCAUCAAAACAAUCGUCGAUUUGCGCACAAAGACCGAGAUCCUGAAGCAAAUCAGAAAGCACCGGCGUUCUGCAGCAGACGAUGAAAUCCCAGGAGUCGAGUACCACGGCAUCAAGAUCAAUGGCAGAGCCUUCGAGAGGCAUCUGCUGAGCCUGCUAUCGUGGUGGGACUUUUUCAAAGUCAUCUUCUUCUUCGUCUUCCAAUACCGCAUAGAGGCCAUCAGGGUUCUCAGCCGUCAGGUAAUGCUGCCUCGUGGCCUCGUCCGCCUCGGCCUCGACACGCUCGAUCACUGUGGCCCAGAGCUCCGAGAAGCCCUCUCGUUCUAUACAUCGCCACAGACGCUGCCCUGCAUCAUACACUGUACCCAGGGCAAGGAUCGCACGGGUCUCAUAUGCGCCUUGGUGUUGAUGAUUCUCGACAUCCCCAUAGCCGCCAUCGAGCACGACUACUUCCUCACUGACGACGCGCUCAUGCCCAGCCGCCCCCAGAUGCUCGUAGAGAUCCACGAGAUCGGGCUGACGGACCAGUGGGCCGGCACUGCAAAGGACAUGAUCUCUUCCAUCGAGCGCCAUAUCAAGGAGAACCAUGGAGGCUUGGACAGCUACCUCGAUUCCAUCGGCUUUGACCAGCACCAGCGCGACAAAGUCCGGGAGACGCUCCUCUACUGA